AUGAAGCUUUGGUGUUCACAGGACCAGAUAAAGAAAUUAGGGGACAAAGUUGCGGAACAGAAGCAUCUUAGUGAAACAUUGCAAGUUGAAUUAGAGGACAAGGACGCUGUAAUGCAUGAUCUAGAAUUGUCGAGGGACAAGGCGAUAGAAAAAUUACGACAGUCUCGCAGUCCUAUUAAACCAAAUAAUUCACGCCAGACAGUGGGAGGUGUGGAGUAUUAUAACAUGACGAUGACCUCCCUUGAUUUAGACAAUGCCUCCAAGGAACAAGUGGUUGAUUCCCUCAAAGAGAUUGUUUCUGAAGCCAGUAAACAGAAAUGGUAUCUGGACAGACUGAUCUCCCUUAUCAUUGAGGAAUCUCCAUGGUUACUGGAUGAGGUUGAUUCUGAGUUUGACAGCCUCACUUUGACAGACCAAUCAGAAGAGUUUUGUUGAUUUGAAUUCUUUUUGUUAACACUCAAGGAAUACGUUCUUGAGUUUUAUACUGGUCUUGUUACUUAUAUAUUCUACAAGUGAAAAAUUGUUCUGUUAAUUCUUUUUUAAGACUUUCUUGUUACAUAUUUGUGAUUUUUUCAAUGGCCAACAAAGUGUUCCAGGUUGUAUGUUUUGUAACACUUAGUUGAAGAUGUUAAGUUUAGUGUCAUGUAUAUUUAU